AUGCAUGCCUUGAGCUUUGUUGAUCCCACAAUAGAAAAGCAAUCAGACAGGAACCAUCUCAAGAAAAAUCUUGCAAAUCAGCUCUACGCUUUGCAAAAGGUACACAAGUCUCUCACCACUAAAAUUAUAAAAUAUAUUCAAAAGUGCUGGAACUACAUGGUUGCUCAAAAUGUUGGAAAUGAGGAUGGGAUUUCAACUGGUCUUGAUGCCAUGUAUAAACACCCAUUUGGGGACCAUUCUUCAUGUGGGGAUUGGUGUAGCCAUCGUGAAAAUCCCAAUAUGAACUAUAAGUCACUACCCUAUGGAAAGUGUCUUUCUGACUCAAAGUUACAGAGUUCUUUGUUAGAUCUUUUUACCAGAUAUAAAGGGAUCAGCAAGAAGCUAGCUCACAUGGGGUCAACUCAAGCUAAUGAGUCGCUUAACAUGACCAUUGCCUCCAAAGCUCCCAAGCGAUGUCAUUUCAGUGGUUCAGCAUGUCUGGGGUACCGAGUUGCUGCCGGAGUAGCACAAAAGAACAUUGGACACUCUUAUGUAGCCAAGGUUAACAUUAGAGCAGGCUUAUCCCCUGGCACCUUCACUCAUAAAUUAGCUGUACUGAGGGAUUUACAGCACCGAAAGCGAAAAGCCAUUGCCAACACCGUAAAAGCAAAAAGAAGGAGAAUGAAUCUGAAAGCCCAGAGGUAA